GGAGUAAUCCCGAGCCACCUGUAGCAUUAAGAUCAAGAUCAAGACUCAUUCACCAGUCAGCUGAUAAUCGGGAUGCAUACGUAGGAUGGCUGUGUUUGAGAGGAAAAAAGAGGACAGGAUAGUCACAGACGACACCAAGCCCCUCAUCGCCUUCAUCACAGACACGCGCAACACUGACGGACAUGUGGAGUACUUGCUUGAGGUUUGGCGAGUCCCAGAUGUGGAGACAAAGUGGAAUGUCAGCCACCGGUACUCAGACUUUGCCCAGCUGCACGCCACACUCAGGGUGGGCACGGUGGCACUGCCAGCACUGCCACCGAAGAAAGUGUUUGGGAAUACCGACCGAGAUUUCAUUAAUGAGAGGAGGGUAGCACUGCAGAAAUACAUGGACGGCAUACUGGCAAACUCUCUCCUUGCUGCGUCACUUCCAGUCAGGCAGUUUCUGGAUCCAAAAAAUUAUUCUAGAAAUUUCCAAGAGGAGGGCCGGCAGAAUGUUCACAUGGUGCUGCGUGCGGGAGGGAGCCAUGAGGUGACAGAGGCACUCCCCCAGUGCGGCACACGAGUCACUAAGGUAUACUUUCUCGCCCACCCCCUGGCUGACCCCAAGACCCAGCAUGUCCUUUGGUGGGCACCCUUUGGUCCAGACAAAGCCAUGAACCUGCGGGACACUCAUGCCACCCUAACCGCCCUUGUCCAGUGCCAGCACCCCUACAUUGUGCCGUCAGUGAGCAGUGUAGCAACCGAGGUGGGCGUGUGUGUGGUGCGGCCAUGGUUCCCCCAGGGAAGCUUGAGGGACAUGAUCCACCAGGUGCGGCCAAAGGGCAGUGCUCUCGUCAAGUACUCGGGGGAUAAGCUGAUCGCUGUGGCAGAGAAGAAGUGUGCGGUGUUCGGCAGACAGAUCCUGGAGGCACUGCUGUUUCUGCAUGAGAAGGGCCUGGGGCAUGGGCACGUCCACACAGGGAACAUGGUAUUGGAGAACAACGUGUGUCAGCUGCUGGACUUGGAGAACCAGGUGGUGGGCAUGCCAAACCAGCUGCGGGCACGGGCGGUGCAGCACCGGCGGAUCAACUCCAUCGAGGCGCUGGAUGUGUAUAGCUUCGGCCACGCGAUGUAUGAGAUGCUCUUUCAGCGACGCCUGGAGACGGACACCUGUGAGGACUUUCCGCCUGAGUGCUCCCCCAUGGCUAGGUCUGUGCUGGAGAGCAUCCUGAGUGCUGAGGCAUGCAAGAAUGGCCUUCCCGCAGUGGCUGGGCUGCUCACUCACCCCUUCUUCAGUGAGGUUCCUCUACAUAGUUAUGAGAAGCCGACUUUGAAGCUGCCGUCCUCAGUGAAGCAAGCCAUAGCACUCUCCCACCAGAGCCUGCUGACGAGGCUUGCUGCUGACCAGAAGAAGGUUCGGCAGCAGAGGAAGCUGUCCAAGGCCGAGGCAUUCGUGCAGCAGCGUUCUAUCAAGGGGCGUCCCAAGAAGCACUUGCACCUGGAGACAAAUGGCUUGGCAUCAGGGGGCGACUCCCUCACAAACUCAGGUAAUGCUGAAAACCUCAAUAAUAAAACUACCACUACUGGAACUCCUAACUCCCCACUCCCUCCUCCACCACCUCCACCUACCACUCCCCUCACUCCUGUCCCACCUCCACCUCCUCCACCUCCUCCUCCAUCCACUGGCCCUGCAUCUUCCCCUGAGGCUGCUGCUGUGGAUGAAAAGGAAAGAACAGCACUCUUGAAUGCCAUCACAGCAUUCAAGAAAGGUCUGCUCAAGAAUGUGGAGACCAAUGACCGAAGCACACCAGCUGUGUGAGUGCAGGCAGCAGUGACUGUGUUUGCAUUUGAUCAACCCGUGUAUUAGUGAUUGUUUCACUGCUGUGAUGCCAAAGCCAGACCUUCCCAGCAAGUCACGGAGGCGGGUGAGGCGUGGCUGACUUGGGUGUGAUACGGGCAUGAGCCGCCUUCCCACAAGACCAAUGCCAAAGAAACAGGAUCCUGAAGAAAUUAUUCAUAUCUUAGUUUAAGCGUACAUACAUACAUUUGCCUGUUGUAAGACUUUGCAUUCGUCCAGGGGUAUCAGGAUUUAUUUCAGUUGCUGCUGAAAACCGUCCCUUUCUUAGCAUCUUCCAUGAAUUGCAUUUUAUAAUUGAUUUCCUUCUAUGUCAUGAAUCAUGGGCCUGUAUUCUUAAACACCUUGUUCUCUCACCACGACAGUUUUCAAAGGCCACUGAGAUGCUUUGCUGGGUUCUCAAGAGUGUUUCUCCUGUUACUAAUAUAAAAAUGUUGUUAAUCAGUCAUUAGAAGCAUAAAAACACCCUUAAAAACCCGUGUAACUAACUAGAGCCUUUUGAAUGUAGUGGAGGUGCAGCACAGAAGUGUUUCAGAAUAAAGACCAUAAUAUUGUAUUAUUGUAUGUGACUUUCUCUUCGUAACUUGUUCAGCUGCAAAGGGCUUGAGGUGAAGUAAUAUAAAUAUAUUGCCUUGUUGGAAAGAAGCUACUCUGGUCUUGUUGGCAUAGGGUGACUGAAUAUUGCACCUUAUAUUUCCUUCUCUCCCAUGAAUGACAUACCAUAGGUGGGUGUUCCAAGUGCAAGAAUCUCUCUCUCUCUCUCUCUCUCUCUCUCUCUCUCUCUCUCUCUCUCUCUCUCUCUCUCUCUCUCUCUCUCUCUCUCUCUCUCUCUCUCUCUCUCUCUCUCUCUCUCUCUCUCUCUCUCUCAGCGCUGAAAACCAAUCAGUCAAGUCUUUUCUUCUCUUUCCUCUCCUCUGCUCCUCUAAUCUCGUCUUUACGCUCUCCUCUUCGCUCUUUCCUCUCCUUUCUACCCUCUCCUCUUCUCUUCUCUUUCCUUCCCCGGGCCAGCGAACAGCCGCCUGCCAGGUGGUCGAGGGUGGGUUGGGAGGCAGAGGAUGCAAAACCGGUGUCGCGAGUCAGAAAAUAUAGACGUAAUAUUGACCAGCGCACGGGGUUUGAAGUCCGCCAAUUCAAGGACGUCACGAUGGUCGCCGAUAGAUUAUGGGGCUGAUAAGGUGAUGCGAUGCGUAGUUCUGUGUCUUGACAAAGUGUUGUAGAUCUGAGAGUAUAAAUAACAGCCUCAUGCACCUUGCUUCUUGUAUUACCUGUAUCAUACUGUGAAGAGACUAGUCAAACAGGGAACACGUCUUGUCCGAAAUGAAAGAGUCAUAAUAUUACCCAAUGUAUAGGGAAACUUAGAUUUUUAUAUGCAGUUAUUACAGAAUGGGUACUGAAUAAAGUUGAUUUUAAAA